GCCUCUCCAUCUGUGGGUGGAUGUCUGAGCGGUUAAAAACAGACGUGAGUGCUGGCAACCUGCAGAAACCUGGAAGAACAACAGCACAGCUUCUCCACACCCAGCAUCUGACUUCUCGUCGCAGGCUCUGAGCACCAUGGUACACAAAGAGUUCCAGACUGCAGGGAAGAAGCCCGGUCUGCAGAUAUGGCGGGUGGAGAAAAUGGACCUGAAGCCCAUCCCUCCUCAGCUCUAUGGAGACUUCUACACUGGAGAUGCAUACAUCGUGCUCUACACCACCCCGGCUCCAUCUUACAACAUGCAUUCAUGGAUUGGCAGUGAAGCUUCCAAGGACGAGAGUGGAGCUGCUGCCAUUUUUAUAACCCAGCUGGAUGACCACCUGAAAGGAGCUGCAGUACAGUUCAAUGAGUUUCAGAACCAAGAGUCAGUCAGCUUUCUGGGUUACUUCAAGUCUGGCAUCAAGUACAAGAAAGGAGGAGUCGCCUCGGGCUUCCAGCAUGUCGUGACUAACGACAUGAAUGUGAAGCGUCUGCUGCAUGUCAAAGGUCGUCGGACGGUCAAAGCCACGGAGGUGGACAUGUCCUGGAGGAGCUUCAACAGAGGAGACUGCUUUAUCAUUGACCUGGGAAAGGACAUCUACCACUGGUCUGGAAGUGACAGCAACCGCUACGAGCGCCUGAAAACCACUCAGAUGGCCAACGAUAUCCGUGACAACGAGAGAAGCGGGCGUGCUGCAGUGCACAUGGUAGAAGAGGGUGCUGAGCCAGAGGCCGUCAUCAGGGAACUUGGACCCAUGCCUCAGCUCCCACCAGGAAGUUGUGAUACGUCUGCAGAACAGACGAAGAAGAACCAGGCGUCUCUGUAUCUGGUAUCUGAUGCUGCUGGCUCCAUGAAGACGACUUUGGUGGCUGACAGAAACCCUUUUAAACAAGAAAUUCUCUCCCAGAGUGAAUGCUACAUCUUGGACAACGGGGUUGAUAAUAAUAUAUUUGUCUGGAAAGGGAGGAAUGCGAACACAGAGGAGCGGAAAGCGGCGCUGACCGCUGCACAUCAGUUCAUCAGAGACCGCAACUACUCCCAGAAAACACAGGUUCAGGUGAUGCCCGCUGGGGGGGAGACCACCAUGUUCAAGCAGUUCUUCUAUAGAUGGUUGGAGGGAGAGGCUACAGGCCAGACCUACACGGCAGGCCGCAUUGCCAAGGUGGAGCAGAUUCCCUUUGACCCCUCCAAACUCCACAGCAACAACAUCAUGGCUGCCCAGCAUGGCAUGGUUGAUGAUGGCUCCGGGAAAGUCCAGAUCUGGCGCGUGGAAGGAAGCGAUAAAGCCCCCGUGGACCCGUCCAGCUAUGGACAUUUCUACGGAGGCGACUGCUACCUGGUGCUGUACUCCUAUAACAAUGGAGGCAAACAGAAGCAUCUCAUCUACACUUGGCAAGGACUGAAGUGUACUCAGGAUGAGCUGGCAGCUUCAGCCUUCCUCACCGUCAACCUGGACGAGUCCAUGGGAGGAGUGGCUACGCAGAUUCGGGUCACCCAGGGCCAGGAGCCCCCUCAUCUUGUGAGCCUGUUUAAGGACAGACCUUUGGUCAUCCACCUGGGUGGGACAUCCCGCAAGAGUGGUGACACCAAGCCUGGCACCACACGGCUCUUCCAUAUCCGCCAGAGCUCCACCAAAGCCACACGAGCUGUUGAGGUGGUACCCACAGCCUCCUCUCUGAACACCAACGAUGUGUUUGUGCUGAAGAAUCCUAAUUCCCUGUUCCUGUGGAAGGGAAAAGGAGCAAGUCCAGAUGAGAUGGCUGCAGCGAAGUAUGUAGCCAGCCUCCUGGGUGGGAACGCUUCUGAGGUGGAUGAGACGAAGGAGCCGGCUGGUUUCUGGGCAGCACUGGGUGGCAAGAAAGACUACCAGACCUCCAAGGCCCUGGAGAAAACAGUCAGACCGCCGAGGCUGUUUGGCUGUUCGAACAAGACCGGCAGGCUGGUGGCAGAAGAAGUGCCUGGUGACUUCACACAGGUCGAUCUGGCAACUGACGACGUCAUGAUUCUGGACACCUGGGAUCAGAUCUUUGUUUGGAUCGGCAACGAUGCCAACAUGGUGGAAAAAACUGGAGCACCUAAGAUUGCCCAAGACUAUGUGAAUUCGGACCCCUCUGGUCGCCGUGGUAUCUCCAUCACCACCAUCAAGCAGGGGCAUGAGCCCCCCUCCUUCACCGGCUGGUUCCAUGCCUGGGACCCCAAGAUGUGGGACAAGGAUCUCCUGAAGUGCAUGCAGGCCUUUACCAAAAAGCAUUAGAAGAUAAAACAUAAAGGUUAUGUUAUUAUACCUAACAGCAUCAGAACCUUGUGAGCUCAGCAUUUCAGACCUUUUUGUAGGUGCAGGAGAAAAUUUCUUGAACUUUCUUUGUUGUUUGUUUUCAUGUCAUUGAUUUGCUUCCAACAAUAAAUUGAAAAAUGUCCUCUAAAAAAGUACCGGAUGUGCUGUCCUCCAGCUGGAAACGUUUUGGAAAAGUAAACAUACCAAUGAAAAUAUGUCUUUCUUGAUUUUGAUUUGACAUGAAACUUCUGAAUAAAAAUACGACCACUCUG